CGCGCGUGCAUGUGUUGCGCCGCCGCCGCGCGUGCGCGUGCGCGUGUGCGAGCGUGUUCGAACGCGCGCGCGACCGUCUCUCUCUUCAUUCCGCUGGUUUUCGGCACGGAAGCGCCAAGUGACACGACGACGCCUCUCUCACCGCUCUUCGGCAGCAGCUCGCACCGACACGCGUCGCCACCCGGUGGGUCUUCCGCGCUCGUCCGUCUCCGCGUGUGCACGCGCCUACGAACUUUUCGCGUAUCGCGACCGGUCGGCCGUGCUUUUUUAUCGUUGUGAUUUUUUUUUUCGUCCCCGUUUUUUACUCGUCGUCCGCGCGUACGACCUCAGAUAUCGCUCGCUUUUUUUUUUUUUUUUUAAUUUUUUUUUUUUGAAGACAACGAAAAAGACCCGUCGUCAUGACUUCCGGAGUGGCGGACGACGCGGAUCCGCUGCACACGCAGCGCUCGCCUUUGGCCGCGGACGCGUGCAGCCAAAAGAAGAUAAACGAAAACAAUCGUCGGAGUAACAAACCAAUAAUGGAGAAGAAAAGAAGAGCAAGAAUAAAUAACUGUUUAAAUGAACUAAAGACUUUGAUCUUAGAUGCAACUAAAAAAGACCCAGCUAGACAUUCGAAAUUGGAAAAAGCAGAUAUAUUAGAAAUGACCGUAAAACACUUGGAAUCUAUGCAAAGGCACAAUGUGGCUUUAUCUGCUGCCACGGAGUCUACAGUAGCCAACAAAUUCAAGGCUGGGUUUACAGAGUGUACCAAUGAAGUAAACCGAUUCCCCGGACUUGAACCUCACGUUCGCAAACGUCUCAUGCAGCACUUGAAUACGUACUUCAAUAAAGAAAGUGGUAAUAACAACCCAAAAAUCCUUCCUACACCUCCAGAAAAAUCAAACCUCCAAUUACACUUGGACUCUAACCAGAACGCCAUACUAUUGGGCACUGGUUCAGCUUGUGGAGUUCAACUGGUUCCUACAAGACUUUCCAAUGGUGAUAUCGCUCUAGUUUUGCCCUCUAGAUCUACCGAAACAUCACCGCCUCCGCCACUCUCCAUGAUUGCACCAACGCCGCCGUCCACUCAAUCCGAUUCGUCUGAUACCGAGUCGCCUAUGCCCGACAGGCCUUUAUCGUGCUAUUCAAUGGGUAGCACCGAUAGUACAGAUACAUAUAGUCAACCAGAACUUCCCUUGGCGUUGGUUACCAAACACAGACGAGACGACGAACAGUCAGACCUAGAACAGCCCUGGCGGCCGUGGUAGCAAUAAUUGAUUUUCUAGUUAAACAGGACCCUCUCAUUAAUUAAGCGUUUUUACUUUUAUCUUCAAAACAUGUGUAUGAUGCAUGCUAUUUUUAUUCAUUGACUUACAUUAAAUUAUUUCUUUGUGCCAUACGUUUGAAAUCGUAAAAAUUGUUUAUUAGAAGUAAAAGGCUGGUAGCUCAUAACUAUUUCAUAAGACAACUGACAUUUAUAUUUUUAUUUUUACGUCAUAGUUCGAAAAAUCCAAUAAACAAUUGAAAUUAUUUUGUUAGAAUUAUUAUUUUUUUUUUAACGCUAAGAUGUAUAACAGUAUGUACCUCUACUUACAAAGUUAUUGAAACAAAACAGGGUUCGUGCAAAUAUUAUGUUAUUAUAAUUUCAAGAUCAAAUAUUAAAAUUGCCGGGCAUCAGUGCAACAUAUUAUGUUAUCAGUGUUAACGGUUAAUUCUUAUCCAAUUAUCGUGCAUGGUUAAUACAUAUUAUAAUAAUGAUAUUUUUAUUUUUUAUGUUCUAUUUAAUUUACAUACCUACCUUGUACCUAUAAUUACAUACGAUUUAUUUAAUCAAUUGAAUUAAAUGUGCAUUUAAUUUGUAUUUGAUUUAAUCAUCUUCUAUACAUAAAUUAAAUAUUUAGCUUAAAACUUUAAUAGUAAGAACUAAGAAUGUAAGAUAUUUAUAGAAGUGUAAAGAUUUUGAUUUAAAUGACUUAAAAUGCAUAAUCUAUUUGUUUUUGUUAAAUUAUGUAAAAUUGUAAUGUUGUAUUAUAUAUUAUAAAUCUUGAAUUUAAAAAAGUACCUUUACAGCAAUAAUUACAUUGUCUUCCAUUUAAUUGUAUCUUAAUGGGCUUACCUGUUAUUUACAUGUUACUUUAUUUUAAUAUUGUGUUAUUCAAUUAUAUGAAAUAUAUUGUAAGUAAUUACUUGAUGUUUAAGUAAUACAAUUAUGUUAUUAAAUUAUAAAAA